CUGACACUUGUGAACACUCUCUCAUGCAAGCUAUACAAGUCCUAGGCGCUGGCUAAACGUUCGACUGGCAAAUUACUCUCGACGAACAUGCAGUAUUUGACUACGUCGGGCAGACGGCUACAUGAACAAUAAAGACGCCCCGAGUGAUGACGCGUUGAGUACCCCGCGCAAACUCCGCGACCGCCUUUCUCGCCGCUUCGGUCAUCAGCCCCUGUAGCUGCUGAUUAGACAGCACGUGCCCACCCUGGGCGUCAUCUGAGGCUGCAGUGUGAUGUUGCUCUGCCAUCCAAGAGAAACCGACACGGAGACUGCUCGCUCGCGCGUAAACCGAGGUGAACUAGCACAGCCAUGCAGCAUUCUCGACUUCUCGCAAUGUGCUUGUUUGCAUCAGCGCCACCCUUGACUCGCCAACGCCCACAGCAGCUACGCCUAUCUCAUUGCAACCAGCUAGCUGCUCAUACGCCCUAUACACUGCAACCGCUGCGACAAAUAUCUUCGCUACAACCAGGUACGUACGCUGAGCGCCACCCGCUCGCGCGCGAUAUCCUCUCCCGGAUAUACGCGAUCACGUGGCAUCAAAAAAACGCGCGAAAUCACCGCGACGGCAGACACAGCACACGAAAUUGAGAUGACUCGCAACCGCGGAAAAAAGGCCGAGUCAUCUACCUGCUGUUUCUUGAGCAGGCGACCUGCCAGUGGUGAAUCCAGCGGCGCUGGCUGUCUCCGUCGCGAGUGCGAACUUGCUCUGUUGAUAUUCUCCUUUUGACUACUCGCCGUCUGCCAUGAACGAAACGAAACGAAACGAAACGAAACACACGCGCUCUGGGACGCUUGCUGCGCUGUGGCGUGCCGGAUAGUCGCUGGCGAUGCGCAUGCUUCGUUCAACGCAGGCCGUGAGUCCGCCGUGCGCGUGCGCACAGCAGUGCAUCUCCAGACGAAUUCAACUACGUUUAACUGGUUAAUUAAACUUCAUUUGAUCUUUACGAUUGUUGGAAUGGCUUUUCGACGUAAGCGAAAGUUUCAUGGUAAUCAGCACACUACGCCGAAGAAGCCAGCGAUGGAGAUGUCGCGCUCUGAAGCCAAACUGCGCGAUGUGUCGUACGACGUGGGACCGUCCUCCUCUGGCAGUGCGUCAUCGAAGCUAGAAGGCUAUCGCUUUAUUGAUAUGGACGUGCUGGCAGCGUUCUUGGGUGCUAGUCUCGUUUGCGCGAGGUGCCAUGGACAAGUCAGCCUUUCAGAAGCCGAAGACGAGCGAAUGGGGUUGGCUUCGAAGCUCGUGUUGACAUGUCAAAGAUGCCAGCACGAAGAAAACACAUUCACCAGCAAAAAGAUUCAGCGUGGAGCUUUGGACGUCAACAGACGAGUGGUUCUUGCAAUGAGAAUGAUAGGGUGUGGACUAGAACCGCUUCAGCGCUUUUGUGGCUAUAUGAACAUGCCAGGUUCCAUGGGAGAACAUCCAUUUCAAAAUCACGUGACGGCGCUACGCAACGCGGCCAAAGAGGAAGCUGUAGAGAGUAUGAAAAAAGCAGUAGAUGACAUCAGGCACUUCCACGAAGAGAACGUUGAUGGUACCAUUAGUAUUGGAGUGUCUGGUGAUGGAACCUGGCGAAAACGGGGCUAUUCAUCCUUCCAUGGCGUAGGCACGGUAAUUUCUAUUGUAUCAGGGAAGUUAGUCGAUCUGUCUGUCAAGUCCUCCUACUGCCGUGCCUGUGCCGUAUGUAAGAAGAAAGAAGGAACAGAGGAAUACAAGGAGUGGCUCACAAAGCAUAGCCCCGACUGCCACAAGAACUACAGUGGUUCUUCAGGAGGCAUGGAGGUAUCCAGCAUGAUAGACAUCUUCCAGAGGUCUGUGGCCACAAGAAAUGCGAAGUAUACAGAAUAUUUAGGUGAUGGUGACAGUAAGACAAUCAAAGGAAUAAAUGAUGCUGCACCAUAUGGCCCAGACCUACUGGUAGAAAAACUUGAGUGCAUCAACCAUGUGUCCAAACGAUUAUAUCAUCGCCUGGAAAAAGUGAAAGCAGACAACAAGGGAAAGAAGCUAUCAGAUGGGAAAGGAAUCGACGAGAAAGGGAGGUUGUCCCUGAAAGUGAUGAAAGAAUUACAAAUGUACUUUGGAAAGGCAAUCAAGGACAACCAGGCGGACUUAGAGGCGAUGAAGAAAGCCAUCUGGGCAACUUAUUAUCAUCGGUCGUCAACAGACGAAAAACCACAACAUCAUUUCUGCCCAGAUGGCGAGGACACAUGGUGCAAGUACAAUAAGGAUGCCUCCACAUACACACAUCAUGAUGUGAUUCCACACCCUAUCUCUGACCUUAUCAAACCAGCAUACGAAGAACUAACAAAGGAUGAACUCCUGAAGAAGUGCCUUCAUGGCGGCACCUCAAACGCUAAUGAGGGUUUUAAUAAUUUGUUGUGGAGGAUAGCUCCAAAGUCGGAAUUCUCAGGACUUCCAACUUUGGAGCUAUCCUCAUACUUAGCAGUUUUAAAAUUUAAUGAUGGAGAGAGUUCUGUAGCUAGAGUCUUAGCUAGAGGGGGUGGGGGGGAAAUAGGUAAAUUUUCAAUGGUGACAGCAAGAAAGAAGGAUGAGAGGAGGGUAAAGGCUAGUAAAUAUAAGGAGAGGGAGGAGGUGAAAAGGAAGAGAUUACAGCUGAGGAAGGACAGAUCAAGCAAGAUGAAGAAGCAGGUAACUAAAGAAGGGCCAGAGUAUGGUGCAGGGAUGUUUUGACUUACAAUUUAGAGUUUAGAUUUCAGGUAAUAUUAUAACUUUGAAAAUCUAGAUAAAAUCAAAUUCUGCAUAGUGUCUAUAAAAAAUAAUCUAAAUUUAGUCAAGCGUAUCUACUUCAAGGUCCACCAGCC